UAGAAACUCUUGGUUUUUGUUGCAUGACGCUUCCUUUGGGAAAUGUUUCGCUACUGUUUGCUUCCGUGUUUUGACACGGAGUAGACUGCAGACAGAAAAACAAGACAGAGAGACACCUCAUCAAGUUAUAUUGAACUGAACUCUCCCUCCAUCCAGACAGAAACAGAGAGUUAUAUCUCCAUCCUCCACCUGAACCAUGUCUGGAAAUAAGAAAGGAUGCUCCACCACCUCUCAGAAGCACCGUAACUUUGUCUCUGAGCCGAUGGGAAACCGGUCUGUGAGGGACGUACCCGGGAUCGGACCUCUACAGGGCCGCAGGCUAGAGGAGCAGGGCAUUACCAGAGCUGACCAGAUGUUGGGCCAGUACCUGGUGAGUGGUCGGGACCAGGGCCGGUUCCAGGGCUAUCUGAAAAAUACCACAGGGGCCAACGCCAAGCAACAAAGUGACGCCUACAAUGGACUGAGAGACUGGACCGACAACAAUAUGUAGAGGAGAGCAUUCACUCACUAUCUCUGCUCCUUUCUGCUUUUCUUCUCCCUAACUGGGACUCUUCAGACCUACCUAGGUCAACUUUCAUCUAAAGCACAUCAGCUGAUGGACGUAAUGUAUUGAUAAGUAAUAUUGAGUAAUAAUAAAGUUGAUAGUUGUUUAUAAGACACUACACUUCCUUCUGUUCUUCUUGUCAUGUUCUUCAACUGAGACCCUGGACCCUGUCCCCAGGUUAAAGUGAUCGUUUUGGAUGCAUUCAGUUUUGGAAUAAAUCUGGAAUUUACUUUU